GCAGCAUCCCCGGCUUUCUGCUGGACCCCCUCCGCGGCGUCCUCCGGGCCGGCCGGCGUCGCGCCACUGCGGUCCCGCUUUGGAGGCAGAGCCGGGGCGGGAGGGGUCGGGGCCAAAGGUCGAGCCCCCCCUUGCUUGCUCUCUUCGGCCCAUCCCUUCUUUUUCUCCCCCCUCCAGCGGCGGGGAGGGGGCAAGGACGAAGUUUGCUAGCCGCCCACCCGCCCGGGGGGAGGCGUCGGAUUCCCCCUCUCCUCCUCCAUCCUCCUCCUCCCCGCUGCCCUCCUUUCCUUCCUUCCUCCUUUCCUUCCUUCCUUCCUCCUUUCUCCCCUCCCCCCGAAAGACGGCCAGCGGCUCCCCCCUGCCCACCAUGCUGCCUCUGUGGCUCCUGGUCAGCUCGGGCUUGAUCGCCGCCAGCCGAGGAAAUCUCUCGCACGAUCGAAGCCAGCCGGUGACUGCCGAUGAAGUCGUGGUGGCGGGUUCAAAGGUGAUUCUCUCCUGCAAGGUGGAGGAUCCGGAAGAUUCCUCGCUCCAGUGGUCCAAUCCUGCUCAGCAGACGCUCUACUUUGGAGAAAAACGAGCACUACGAGACCUUCGGAUCCAGCUGGAGAAUUCAACGGCCAACGAGCUGAGCAUAAGCAUUGACAACACCACACUGGCCGACGAGGGAGAAUACACCUGCACGAUAUUCACCCGGCCCGUCCGGACUGCGAAAGCGAUGGUCACUGUGUUGGGAAUCCCACAGAAACCUCAAAUCUCGGGUUACUCAGGUCCUCUUAGGGAAGGAGACGUAGCCCUGUUGACGUGUGCCUCCUCUGGCAGUAAGCCAGCUGCUCAGCUUAGAUGGAAUAAAGGUGACAGAGUCUUGACAGGCCAGUCGUUGGAAGUCUCCAAAGAUGCAAAUGGGAAAACUUUUACAGUCAGCAGCCAAGUCGAAAUUAUGGUUGGCAAAGAGGACGAUGGAGCAGACGUUACGUGCACGGUGGACCACUCCUCUCUGCAAAUCUUUGAGAAAUCCGCCUCGCAGCGUCUCUCCGUCUUCUACAAACCGACGGCAAAAAUCGAAUCCAAACCGGAGCAUCCACAAGAAGGGGACAGCUUAGUGCUUCAGUGCAAAGGAGAAGGGAAUCCGAUCCCUCAGGAAUACAGGUGGGAGAAGGAUGGAGCUGACACGGCCUUGUUGGAUGCUCAAGAUGACAUCCUCAGCUUCCCCAACCUAAACAAAAGCGACAGUGGGACUUAUAUUUGCUAUGCUUCCAAUCUGGUGGGCAGGUCUUCUGCGAAAUACACCCUGUCCGUCAGCGAUGCCAGUCCCAUGACACCACAAAGGAGCAGCUAUCACGCCAUUGUUGGGGGCGUGGUAGCCUUCAUCAUCUUCUUCCUCCUUAUCCUCCUCAUCGUUCUGGGACACUACUUGAUUCGGCACAAAGGUACCUAUCUGACCCACGAGGCCAAAGGCUCAGACGACGCCCCGGAUGCCGACACAGCCAUUAUCAACGCAGAGGGAGGUCAACCAGGCGGGGAUGACAAGAAGGAAUAUUUCAUCUAAGAGGGGAAGGGUGGGGCAUGGUGGCAGGGCAGCAAGGGGGGAGAAAGAGGAGGAGGAGGAGGAGGAGGAGGAAGGGAAAAAAAAGGAAGAAGUAGUGGCCAAUUGGACCCCGACCUCAACCAUUGGAUGACAACGGCACCCACCCACCCAAUAUGUCUAUGGCAUUUCUCUCGUGCCCAGGAAAGAAUUGGACGGGGAGACUGGAGAAAGGCAGGGCCGAGAUUAACGGUAGACGGAGAAGAAGAAAGAGAGAGAGAAAGAGAGAGAGAGAGAGAGAAAGAAGGAGGGAGGGGCAUAAAAAAGAUCAGCUGGCUCAUGAUGCUUCUUGAACUUGUAUAAAACAUUGCAACCACGUGGGAGGGGGGGAAGUCCCCCCCACCCCAUCUGAACAUUGGGAAUCCUUGGAAACCAACAAAAGCCCCCCCCCCAGCUUUUCCUGCUUGCUCGUAUCUACAUUCCUGCGGCUGACAAGCUCACACUAAACACACAGAGCUGAAGAGUGAGUGGUGAUGCUAUCUUCCUUCCUGUUCUCCUUCCUUCCUUCCUUCCUUCCUUCUGGCUUGUUUUCAGGGCUGUUGGUUUGAGGGGGGUCUCUCCCCUCCCCUCUUCUUCCCCCCCCCUCCCUUUUUUUUUUUUCCUUUUUUCUUCCUUUUUCCUUUUCCAAGGUCUCUGGUUCCUGUCCCCUUCUGUUGUGGGCAUGUCUUGAUGGUAGGGUUAGGGGAGCGUUUGAGGGAUUGGAUGGGUCUGCGUUCUUUAGGAGGGUCCUCAUUGUGGGCUACGGCCUCCAGGAUAAAAUCAGCUUGUGCAAACAAACAAACAAAAAAAAACCAAAUCAAUCAAUUGGGAGGUUAGCAUACACUGCUCUGGAGUAUAGACCCCCCCCCACGGGUGCUUUGUAGGUCCUUCCACCCAGUGAGAAAUCUUUUUUAAUUUCUCCUGCAAAUCGGAUCUUGGAGGGGGUGAAGGACCAAAAGGUCCAGAUUAAUUGAACUGAGAGACAAAGUAAGAUAUAUUUUAAAAGGUCACAGAGUUCCAUGGGCCUCAAAUGAUGCCGCUGGUGUUUGAAGAAUCUUUUCUUUCCGGGUCGUCCUGAAAAAGAAGGAAGGGUCUCUUGUUUUUGAAGUCCUUCUUGAUCUGGUGCCCAUUCCUUCAAUCUUCUUCAAACAAGCUGGUACUAGUUACCUGAAUCCUCUUUAUUCAGAAAAAAAUUAAUCUCAAAUCAUUUGGAUUCUUGGUUUGGAUAAAUUGCUACUAGUUAUUUAAAUUCUGAAUAAUUGGCGUCAGUUCCUCGGGGCCAGUGAUCUGGACGAAUUAAUACCAGUAAUUAAUUAAUACUCCAGUCCUCUUGAUUUUGAGCACCAGUUAUUCGGAUCCAAGUUUUGGACAAAGGGGUAAUUGAUUUGGAUCCUUUUCAUUCAGACAAAUUGGUACCAGCAGCUCGAAUUUUUUGCGAUUCGGAACAAUCGGUCCUUGAUAACUGCUUGAUUUGGACAACGAGUACCAAUCGCUCGAGUGAUCUUGAAGAAUCGGUAUCUCUUACUUUCGGUUCUCGUGAUUUGCACAAAUUUGGGAGGGGGGGUCUGCACUUGGAUCCGCCUACUUUGUGUGGGUACCAGCUCCCGGGGGGGGGGGAAGUGGGGAAGGGUCUAUGCCGAAGGGAAAGUCCUUGUGAACUGAUUUUAUCCUUCAGUCUCGUUUCGUUGCUCUCUCUGUCCGAAGAGAAGAAUGUUGUUUUUGUGGUCUGUGUAAAUGAGGGGCGCCAGCUACCCAAUUGAAGUCUCUACCCAAACCCAUGGCAAAAAAAAAAAAAAAUUGUGACAGUGUAGUUGGGUGUCGUCAAAGCUUCCCAAUCCUGGGAGGUGGGGAUGGUGGUGGACACGGGUGUUUUAAAGGGGUCGGGAUGGAGGCCCCUCGCCAGGGUCUUCCUCAUUGAGCCACACUGUGUCAGUGUACCGGGGUGUCACACCCUUCUGCGUCUUCCUUGUCGUAGAGAGGAGAAAGGACUUUGGGGGGGGGAGCAUCACAAAUUCCAGCCUCCAAAGUGUCCAGCGAUGGGGAGAGUUGCACCAACAGGGUUCUUGAAAGCAACCGCCUCCGCCAUAAACUCUUAUUGUUCACUGCUAAUUACAAAAUGGGGAAGAAGGGAGGUCACUCGGAUCUCACCCGCCCCCCCCCCAUGAAUACAAUUACAAGCAAAUGGCCGCCAUUUUCUAUCACCCGGACAGGAAAUGGUGGCGUUUGGCAAACUCACUUGUGCUCCGUUUCGUUGCAAAUCCCAUGUCUCGAUCUCACAAUGGGAUCCCGGAAGGAUAAGUUUAUGUUUACUCACAAUCAGGAAACUCGCGUGAUUUUUGCGUGUGAAGAUCAGGCCCGGAAAGUAAUAAGCUUGCCAGCCGAUACGACAACAAAUUGUAAACCUUCGUAACAACACACUUUUUAAAAAGUAAAGCAUCUACCCGGCCGCUUUAUCGUAAAAGCCUAUAGUAAAUGGAGUGGGGGGGGAAAUCACAUGACCACUGCCAGUGUUUUAAACGUUUUCACCAACGCCUCAGUGAGGGCUAGGAACGUGGUGGAUCUUUGCAUGAAAUAAAGCAACAUGAACUUGAAAUGUUUGCAUGAAACAAAAGGGUUGACUUUUGGCGUUUUAACAUCCAGUCCGGGGUGGGUAAAUCUGUUGCCUUAGCUUUGCGAGUUUACAACAACUUUUUAGUGUUGUUUUUUUUUUAAAUUUAGUAGGAUGGGUAUACAGGCAGAGAACAAAAUCAACACAAUUUUUGUGUUGAUUCCUAGUUUUGGCAGGAUGUAGCAUUUGGGAGGGAAGUCUUUCUCCAGCAGAUCAGAUUUUGCAAUUCUGGGUCUCCAAAGCCACUCAACUUUUGAGGACAUCCAACCUGUAUCCAUGCAUGAUCUUCUGGCAACUUCUAUAAUUCAGAUCUGCAGCCUGGCUGGAGAUAGCUAGAAUUUCCAGAAUAAGCUGGAUUUAUUUCAUCCGGUCAUUUAUUUGGAAUUUCUCAGCGUGUGAUUUGAGGCUGCUAAAAAAAACCCAACCUCUGGAUAGAUGAUUGAGUCCCCUACCCCACAUCUAAUUGUGAGGGACCCAUGGAAAAUCUCAUUAAGAGUUAUCUCCUGGGGUUAUGCAAUUCCAUGUUGCAUCCGUGCGAUGGGACAAAUCCGUGCAGGAAAGUCCCCCAAGCUGAUUCAGUGGCUUGAAUGGAACAGAGCCAUUCGGAUGAUUUGGGAAAAGAUCUUGAAAAUUUGAUUUGUCGGAAUCCAGCUGGACAUUUUCAACCCAGCCCUUCUGUUCGGAACUUCAAAGCAAUGUUUCAGAUCACAUCUGUCGGAAUCGGCUCUCUGGAUAUUCCGAUUUUUCCAAUGGCAUGGAUUCAACAAAGUGGAUUAAACUUGAUUUUCAGCACUUGGUCUCUCUUUUCGAAAGCAAUGUCCUCUUCAUGGGGCAAUCUGGGGUGGGUGUUAUCCCUACGAACACAGUAUUUCUCCCCCUUGGCACGUUUAAGAUGGGUGGCCUUCAACUCCCAGAAUUCCCCUGCCAGGUUUUCUGGGAGUUGGAAGUCCAUCCAUCUUAAACUUGGCAAGGUGGACAGAUACUGGCCUAAAGUUUUAAGAGCGCAAAUCCACCAGGCCUCAAUCAAUAUGAGAAAAAGCCGACAAUUGAAGUCUUCAAGGUCUUUGUGUGCUGGAAAGACAAACACAAGGUUACUUGUGGCUGUGUGUUUUGUGUGCAUCGCUAAUUAGAGGCGGUGUUUUGCCCUGGCUGUCUCUUUCCGCAUGCAACAAUUGCUUCCUUUGUGGAUGUUUCCUCUUCAGCGGUUUGUGUGUGUUCAUUUCCAACCCCGAAUGAACAUGCAGGGGUUGCAUUGCCUUUUCAAACAGAUCAGCUGCUUUUGCUGUUUUAAAUUCUCUGCCUGUUUUAUUUCCCUGUUUUCCCCUGGGUGACUCAGCCUGCCCCAAUCCCCACUCCGAAAAGACGGGUUCAGCCUCAGAUCAGCUGUCUGUGUUGCAUUUAAAAACCGAAGCGCAUGGAUUUUAAUGUUUGCAUGGCUUUGCCAGUUAGGACAUAUUUUAAGAGUAACAGGCAGUUGCUUUUGCUAAAAAGAAACAAAAUAUUUCAACUCCUAGAGGGCUGUUCUCUUUCUUUCUUUCUUUCUUUCUUUCUUUCUUUCUUUCUUUCUUUCUUUCUUUCUUUCUUUCUUUCUUUCUUAUAAAGCUUUGCAACGGGUCCGUAAAGAGAUGCCACGCCAAUUGUUCCUAUUAUGCAAAAGAUGCCCUCAUAUGGACUAGAACCAUGAGUUUUUCAGACAUGCUUUUGCUAAAAGAAAAAAAAAUUCAACUCCUGCAGGACUGCUCUUUCUUUUUUUCUUCCUUCAUUCCUUCCUUCCUUCCUUCCUUCCUCUUCUUUCUCUUCUUUCUUUCUCUUCUUUCUUUCUUUCUUUCUUUGUAAUAAAGCUUUGCAACGGGUCCGUAAAGAGAUACCGUGCCAAUUGUUCCUAUUAUGCAAAGGAUGCCCUCAUAUGGACUAGAUUCUAGAACCAUGAGUUUUUCAGACAUGUAAAUAUUUGGUUUCUGGAAUAGAGAGGCCUUCUGAAUUUAUUUCCUCUUCUCUCUCUCUAAGAAAUAAAUGGCUUUGUAUCAUCAACAACAACGCUGCAAGAAUAGAUAAAUGAAAAUAAUAAUAAUAAUAAUUCAAGGUGGCCAUUGAGGGCUGUGGUUUUAUUGGUGGUGUUAUUGUUGCUAUAAUUAUUGUCAUUAUUAUUGCUCUUACUGUUAUCAUGCCAUCUUUUCAGGAGAUCACUUUCAUGACAGAUCUUGAAAAACCACAGUUCUUUUUUUUUAAAAAAAUCAAUCUUUGUAGGAAAGGAAUGCGUUAUUUCUCAAGGCUUUUUUAAUCCCUGUAUUUAUUAGCAGAAUCGAAGAAAGGACAGUGCUUUGUAAGGUUUGGGUGUCUGAUGCAAAAGGCGAUGCAGAUCCUCAAAAUGUUGAGGUGGUGGGGAAAGGAUUUGAUCUGCAACCUUCUCCCUCUAAUUUCCUGACACAGUUACAAAAUAAAAACAAAAAGAAAUCAGUUCAGACCCCUGAAAAGGGCAACCGAGAUUUAAAGAAAAGCUGGAUAAAAAGCAGAAGGAAAAAAGAGAAUAAGAAUAAAGGGAUAGAAAAGGAGAAUGCCCCACCCACUUUAUGCCCUGCCUGGUUUUGUCCUGGCCCCACCCACUUUGCAUUCUGACCCCACCCACUUUGCACUCUGCUCACUUGAAUCCCAUCUUCCUCCAACAUUCUCAACCCUCUGGCCAGGCCCAGCCAUGUUCCUAGUCCUCAAGAUCAACAUCUUUUUUUUUAACUUUUUUUUUGCCUGUUCCUCCCUUCCCUUCCCUCUAAAGGUUUCUUCGGGAAUCUCCUGCUUUCUUCCAUCACCCCCUUCCCCCACCUCACAACAGCCCUGCAAGGAAACGGUCCAGAAAGCCUAGAACCAAUUAAACGAAUCAAUUGAGCCUGAGACAGAGAAGAGAGAGAAGGCCUGAGCGUUUCCAUCUUGACGUAUGGUUCAAACGCAGGGACGGAAUUGUUCCUAUGAGACAGGCUGUUAAAUUGCAAAACUGCAAAGAUUUAUUGACCGUGUGGUUGGUUGAGUUGAGCAGAGACUCUGCUCCACAGCCUCUCCACCGCCCGCCGUUCUAUAACUUAAAAUAAAAAAUAACCAGGUCUGCAACUAAUAUCCCAAUAACGUUGCACCGCGGCGAUCUUAGUGGCAAAGAACUGCAAAAUCUAGUUACAACUCCGGGGAACAUAAAUAAAUUGUGUCUUUUCAGUCAGCCAGAAAAGAACCCAGUCCUAUGUUUUUUUUUUAUUUAUUUAUUUAACAGUGCAUCAGCAAAAGAUUGGAAGCAAAACACAGUUCUAAGAAAGAGCAGAAUCCCUCUCAUUAAAAAAAAACAAAAUUUUUAAAACUCAGCUGUCUUCUAACCAGCCGGUCAGUGAACUAACAUCUAACGUGCCCAUUGUGCCAAACCUAGUUAAUUGUCAGCUGAGUUAAAUGUCAUUUGAGGGGAUUGUGGUUGUGCCAAAUCUGCCAGUCUGGUUUAAUAGCUUGCCCAUCCAGAGUGGGGAUAGUAUGGUGGGAAGCCUGUUGUGUCUUCCCAAAAUGAGACUUGCAGAGAUAAGGGAUAACAAACUUAGUGACUUAACAUCACUUAAAUAGGAGGGCGGAAAAAAAACAACACUUUGCACUUUUAAAAGGAACACACACACACACACACACACCCUUGCAUUUUUAAAAGUCUGGCUCUGAUUAUCCUAUCGGCACCCCACCACAACUGUGCUUCUGCCCUUAGAGAUCAAGACAAAUCGUCGCUUAAAGUUGUGACAGAUACAAAUAUGCUGUGCGAAUCGCCCCUGGGAACUGGGGGAGGGGGCUAUAAAACUGUCCCACCACCCUCCCCAAGUCUGUAAGUUGUCCUCUCUCUAAAUUGUCAUCCGGUUAACAUCUUCUCCAGUGUGAAACAGCCCUCAUUCUGCACAUCAGCCUCGCAAGAACCAAUUGUGUGUCAGCUCAUUUGUCUCCCCGGCCUCCAUUUUUCCACGAGAAUAAUUUCUCAACCACCGUGAGAGGCUUGCUAACUGUGCAUCUGUUGUGUUUUGCACCUCCAUCCUCCUCAUUUCUUCCUUGGGGAUAGUCACAGCCCCUCAACGGACGGUCCACAAGCCUUGAGAUCUGAUUCCAGAGGUUGGCUGGGCCAGGCCCCUGCAUUUUAUUGGGACCCCUGAGGACCUCUAAUUAUAAUAAUAAAGUUGGAAGGGACUUUGGAGAUCAUCUAGUCCAACCCCCUGCUCAGGCAGGAAACCCUGUACCAUUUCAGCCAAAUGGCUGUCCAGUCUCUUCUUAAAAACCUCCAGUGUUGGAGCAUUCACAGCUGCUGGAGGCAAGUAAGUUCCACCGAUUAAUUGUUCUGUCAGAAAUUGACCCCUCCCUGCUUCAUAUUGCUUCCAAUACUAUCAGCCCCCCCCUUUUUUAAACUCUUACCUACCACCAACAGGGAGCUAUGAUGGUGAUAAGCAGGUGCACAAAAUGUUGCAUCUCUUUGCAAAUGUCCAUGCUAUCUGCAAGACUAUUUUCUCCGCACUUUUAACACAAACAGGGGAUCUUCCGUUGCUAAAUGCCAGCACACUGCUCCCGCUGCUUCCAACCCAUCAGCAGCUUUUUCAGCUAAUAACCACUGUCAGAAAUGUGAGUUCCCCCCCUUUUUUUAAAAAAAAAAAAAAAGGCGAAUGAUAUUUGAAUAAGCUGCUCUUUACAUCCACUGAAGCCAUCUUUUAAGAAGGCAAACCAGAGGAGGCGUCCAGCCAAACAAACUUAGGAAGGUGAUGCGUGGAAGGGCGGAAUCUGGGCUGAGAUUUCGUGCAUGAGAAUCGGUUGGUUCAGGCCCGUUGUUGUGUUUCUGGGCAGGUUGUGCGGAUGGGGUGUUUUUGGCCCUGCCUGUUUUUUUCCCCAUUGCAUUUAAUUUUGCCUGCCUGCCUUGCGAGGUAGUCUCUGCACCCAGGAUUUGAAAGAGACUUUAAAAGGUGGGUUUACUGGGAUCUGGGAAUGUUCCAAGGGAGGAAAAACUUCACUUUUGCAGCUAACAGACUCCUCUGCCCAAAAAAAAACAUGGAGCCAACGGUCGUAGGAAGAAAGAAACUGCUUAGCUUGAUAAAACAAAGGUCUACUUUCCCGUUGUUGUUUUUUUUCAAUUGACUCUCUAGAGACGAUUGACUUCCCAUUUGAAUUGUGAGAAAAGAAGCAGAAUUCCACAUUGGCAAAGGGGCCAGACCCACUUUAUAUCUAUUAAUUUAUACGUCUACCCCUCCCCAAUAUUCUGGUGAAUUUACUUACCUUUUGCUCAUGGUUUUCUUGUUUUAUUUCAUUGUUACGGCAUUGUUUAUGAAAACGAUGGAGUUUGCAAACAGGAGCCCAACAGUUUAGGUCAGGAGUCUCCAGACUUUAUGACUUCUUGACUUCAACUCCCAGAAUCCCCCAGCCAGUCAAGUUAGUUUCUAGCUCUUUGUUGCGCGUGUUCUUACUUAGAAUGACCACCAGGAGGCAGCAUGGGAUUAUGAUAGGACAAAACCGGUCACCUACUGUCCCCUGGUGGUCACUUACCAAUUGCAACUCAGACCAGCAACUCUGUCACUAAGCAACACAGUCAUCAAGUUAAAAAUGCUGGCUAAGGAAUUCUGGGAGUUGAAGUCCAUAAGUCUUCAAAAUGGCCAGGGUUGGAGACCCCUGAUUUAGCCCACUAGUUUUAUGAUGGAUGUUGUUAUUUGGCUGAUGAUAAGGAUGGUAUCCACCAUCCCAACUUGGUCAGUUAGAAAAGAAAAAAAAACUCUGGUGGUCCAUGCUAAGGAUGCUGGGAAGUCAACUUGAAAUGCAUUGAUAUAAAUUGAUCAGCAAGCUUCCAAGAUCAUGCUUCAAAGCCAGCCCGUUUUGAGCCAGGUUUACACACUUACAUGAAAGUAAAUUCUAGUUCCAGUUGGGGUGUUUAAUUUUCACAACCAUCAUCCCUUCCUCUGGCACCUUGCCAACCACAGAAAUGCUUCUGAGGUUGAACAAAUUCCCGUUUUUAAAUUUUUAAACACUGCCUAUGCAUUUGCGAGAAUGGGGAACACGCAUUCGAUUUUCCUUCACUCGUUCUAUUUUUUAAAAAAAAUAAAAUACAAGGAGCGCCAUUUUCCUAACCUGGUGGCUUCUGCUCCGUUUCGUUCUGGAGGAGCCAAACUCUUAGGCACGCUGGCUGAGGGAUUCUGGGAGUUGAAGUCCACAAGUCAUCAAAGGGCCAAGUUUGAAGACCCCUGACUUAGCAUCUAAGCCCUGAUGCAAGGGGGGAAAAAAAGCUUAAGUGGAUUGCCUCUGGCUUCCUUUGGGGAGGGGGGCUUGACAAUUUUCCCAUUUGGCAGCCUCUGGUUUCUCCUUGUAUCCAAGCUCAUUAGGCACCAUUGAAAGUUAUUUUGCCAUUCCAAAACGGGGGAAAAAACUGUUCUUGUUGGGCAGGACUAUUUGCUUCCCUUUUUGGCCACAAGGUCGGAAGCAGACAAGGUUGACUCAUUUUCCAGGGCAAUAGCUAACAUGGAUGGUGCCUGGCUUCCGUUGGGACUUGGCAAUUUGCAGCCUCUGAUUUCCCCUUUCCUCCAGGUGUCGAUGGAGAUUGUCCAUCAUCCAGGUCAUGGUUGCCCCAAAGACGCUUUUCCAAAAGUUAACUGGACUUUGACAAAGUUUGACUCUGUCCAACCAAGUCCAGUUGUCUUUUGAAAAAGCACCUUUGGGUCAAGGCCUUAAAACACCCGUGGGGUGAGGAAGGCUGUCCUGCCAUCCUCCUUCCCAAUAGCCCUUUUAGUCUCUGGGCCCAAUCCACCCCACACUGGACGGCAGAGAAACGGCCUCCACUGGCCAUUCAAGAAUGGAGGGACUCCAUGUGAGCUAUCGGCCCUUCUAAAAACAGACCUCAACGGUCACCAUUGGUGAUGGCAAUUGGAGAGAAGGUGGACAUUGGCCUCUACGUGAGGAAAACUAUUCUGCUCUUCCUAUCAUCCAGAAGUAGCUUCUGUUUCAUUUCCAUUUCAUCCACCCUGUUUCCACCACUGCUCGCCAGGCCUAGAAGAGAAGGUCUCUAGAAGUUCUCCAGAAACAACGAAAAAUGGUGGAGGUGGGAUAGGGAGAAACAAAACCCCCAGACUUUGCUGCAGGCCGUAUUGCAAUAUUUUGGACUACAAUACCCCUCACGCACCAGCAUUUUGCACCUGUUAUCGGAGGCUGGUGGGAAUUAUAAUCCUCAGUAGCUGUAUCUCAGCCACCUUUCACACCCUGCUUCUAUGCAUAAUCUUAAUAUAAUCCUAUGCAUGUGAAUUGCAACAGCACAGAUAUAUAUAUAUAUACAUAUAUAUAUAUAUAUUACCACAGUAAGUGGCCACAUAAUAUAUUAUAUAUAUAAUAUCUUGCUGGCUAGCAUCAAAAAAAUGCAAUUAUUGUCUCUCCUGGCAGCUGGCGCCCCCUUACUGGAAUUGGUCAAAAAAUGCUUCCUGAUUGGAGUCAAAGUCUCCGAAUAUUUACCCAAAAGCCAUAUUUGUACUGAGCUAAAAUUAAAAAUAAUAAUUUUAAAAAAGGAAAACAUGCAUUACACAAACACACACACACAUGCAAUCUUCUGGGUUGGCUGUGGGGACAAGUGAGGUUGGCGGUCUCAAAAUUGUUGUGCUUUGUUCUUGUAUGUAUAUAAACUUUCAGGGGACGUGGGGAGAAAAAAAACGAAUUACAACUGAUGUCAAUGUUCCUUUAUAACCUUUCUAAAUAUCCUGUGCUAAUCUCAGAAGAUAAACUUAUAAAUAUAUCUGGAUAAUA